AUGAAUUCGUAUUUUGAACAAACCGGGUUUUACGGACAUCCGCAUCAAGCGGCUGCCGGAAUGAUGACGACGACUGGCACCCAUCAUGAUCAGACUACGGCUGCCGCGGCCGCAGCCUAUAGAGGGUUCCCUUUAUCUCUCGGAAUGUCGCCCUACACGAACCAUCACCUGCAUCAAACGCGCACGGCACAGGAAUCGCCGUACGAUGCUAGUAUACAGGCCGCCUGCAAACAGAUUUACGAGGGCUCGUACAGCUCGAAGGACUGCGGAACGAAGAGUGCUAGUGGAAAUAACGGCACGGACACCACCAACGGGUACAAAGAUGUGUGGAACGCUAACAGUGGCGCAGCCAACGGCGCGGCCACCGGUGCUACCGGUGGCAAUGUACCUUCUCAGCAAAAUAGUUCUGUUCCGGUGCGACCUUCGGCAUGUACACCGGAUUCGCGCGUAGGGGGCUACAUCGAUGCGUCCGGUGGAAGUCCGGUUAGUCGGACUGGAUCCGCUGCAGCCGCGGCUGGUGUUGCUGGUUCGUGGAACACCAACCAAUGCUCACUAACCGGGUCCACCGGUGGUCAAACUGCUCCUACGACCGGGCUUCACCAGUCGAAUCAUACCUUUUAUCCCUGGAUGGCUAUUGCAGGUAAGAGAUAUUCAGAAUCUCUUGCGGGCACACUUCUACCAGACUGGAUAGGUGCCAACGGAUUGCGACGAAGAGGACGCCAAACCUACACACGAUACCAAACGCUGGAGCUGGAGAAGGAGUUCCACACCAACCACUACCUUACGCGCCGACGUCGGAUCGAGAUGGCGCACGCCCUUUGUCUAACGGAACGACAGAUCAAAAUUUGGUUUCAAAAUCGCCGGAUGAAGCUAAAGAAGGAAAUUCAAGCCAUCAAGGAGCUAAACGAGCAGGAAAAACAGGCUCAAGCACAGAAGGCGGCCGCCGCGGCAGCUGCAGCGGCCGCGUUACAUGAGCAAAACUAG